GGGGGCGGGCUGGUUGGUCCUGUUGUGGGGAGUCACCUGACUGCUCUCCCCGCAGUCGGGCCGCAGCCUGGACUGCGAGGACGGCCAAGCUGGGGCUGACGCUGGAAGAGGAGGAAGCGCUUAGGCUUGUGGCGGCCCGCGGGGACAGCAGCGGCUGCCGGCAGCGAGAGAGAAGCAUCUUUGCAGUCAUUGCGGUCUAGAACCUGGAUGAGCUGGGGUUCUGGAACACAACACUUAAUGAAGUGGUGGAAUUCAUGACAGAUUAUGCAGUUGUGGAAUAUUUGAGAGCCAGGUUUGAAGAAUAGAAGCAUGCUUUCCACUGAGAUUUACACUAACAUUUGUGAUACAGAAUGUCUUUAAGUGAGAAGAAUAGUGUGGUUUUUGCUUAUGAGUCUUCAGUACACAGUACCAAUGUUCUACUCGGUCUCAAUGGUCAGAGAAAGCAAGAUAUUCUUUGUGAUGUUACUAUUUUAGUGGAAGAUCAACGAUUUCGGGCUCAUCGGGCUGUGCUUGCAGCUUGCAGCAGUUACUUCCUUUCAAGAAUUGGCCAGUUGGAUGCUGAUCUUAUCAUCACUUUACCAGAAGAGGUGACACUUAAAGGAUUUGGUCCUUUACUUGAAUUUGCAUAUACAGCUAAACUUAUUUUAAAUAAAGACAAUGUGUCUGAAGUCUGCAAAUGUGCAGAAUUUUUGGGAGUACAUAAUAUUGAAGAAUCUUGUUUUCAGUUUCUCAAAUUCAAAUUUUUGGACUGUAAAUCAGGCCAACCAGAAUGUCCCAGAAGGCAGUGUUGUUCAUCACGCUGUCAGAAAGCAGAUGAUAAAAUUAACCAGGUGGAUGAAGGGGACCUAGGUGAUGGAGGAGAGGAAGAUGUUCAAACCCUUGACUCACAGCUCCACAAAGAUGGAGAAAAUGCAAAAGUAUCAUCUCCUACUUUCCAGGAUACCAGUCAAACAUGUGAUUCUGCUUGUUUAGAAAAGGGUAAUGUCUCUGGCUUGCCUUCCCUAUGUCCAAAAUACAGGAAGUUCCAAAAAGCUUUUGGAAGUGACAGAGUUCAGACUACAGAGCUUAGUUCCAGUAUUACAGAAGUUCAGGUAAUGUCAGCUGCUUCCGUUCAUGAGAGGGAGUCAUUUGAUAAUGAUGCCACACAAAAAGCUCAGGAGUGUGGAAUUACGCAGCUGGCUGCAAAAUAUGAAGAGGCUCAGGUAGAAAUGGAAGAGGGUGAGGAAGAGGCAGCAAAAGAAGAGGUAAUGAAGAGCAAUUUGGUGUCUCAAAGUGUCUCCUGUCCCGUGGAGAAAAUGGAUGUUGCUGCUUUUCCACAACACUCUUCUGUUGCACCUCAUGGACUUCAUCCUGUGCCUUUUUUACCUGUAUAUGAGCCAUAUGAUGAUUUAAAUUUCAGUGGCAUACAAAAUAGCACAGUCAUAGCAGAAAAAGCUGUAGCAGGUACUGGAGUUAGGUAUGACAAACCAAUUGAAAACAAAAAUGGUGAUCUUCUUUUGAAGUCUGACCUGUGCAGUACGGAAAGCAUGAGCAUUCGAACAACUAGUGAUCGUAGCAGUGUGGAGAGAGAGGUUGCUGAACACCUAGCAAAAGGAUUUUGGAGCAAUGUUUACAGUACAGAAAGUGCUUGUCAAAUGCAUUUGUCACCUGCAACAGCAAAAGAAUGCUCAGAAUCAAUAUAUUCGGGGAAAAAGACAGAGUGUCCAUGGCUCGGCAUCAGGAUCAGCGAGAGCCCUGAACCUUCUCCUCAAAGAACUUUCACAACUUUGAAUUCUGUCAACUGCCCAUUUAUAAGCACCCUUAAUACUGAAGGAUGCUCAAACAGUUCAGAGAUAAGUAGUGGAGAUUAUAUUCAGGGACAGCAACCAGAGCAAUGUCCAUUUACUUGUGUGAUAAGUUUGGGAGAAGAGUCUGAAACUGACACGGAGGGGGAAAGCGAGUCGUGUUCAGCGAAAGAACAGGAGUGCGAGGUAAAACUGCCAUUUAAUGCACAAAGGAUCAUUUCACUUUCUCGAAAUGACUUCCAGUCAUUUCUGAAAAUGCACAAAUUGACCCCUGAACAGCUGGAUUGCAUCCAUGAUAUCCGAAGACGAAGCAAAAAUAGAAUUGCAGCACAGAGAUGUCGUAAGAGAAAGCUUGACUGCAUCCAGAAUCUCGAAUCUGAAAUUGAAAAACUGCAAAAUGAGAAGGAAAACUUGCUAAAGGAGAGAGAUCGUAUUUUGUCAACCUUGGGCGAGACUAAGCAGAAUCUAACUGGACUUUGUCAGCAAAUGUGUAAGGAAGCAGCACUGAGUCACGAGCAAAUACAAAUACUUGCCAAGUAUUCCUCUACAGAUUGUCCGCUUUCAUUUUUAAUCCCCGAGAGAGAGAGAACAGCUCCUUCUGAUAGUGAGCUGGUGAUACCAUCAUGUAUCGAAUUGCCAGAUGGUCUUUCAAGUGUUGUGUCAGCCAGCGAACAGAGUUCUUGCUAUCAGCAUUUAAGAGGAAUAUGCAAUGCAGCUUAUGGUCAAGUACAGGAACUAUGUCCAGUUGCUGUAAGAACAUCUGAGAAAACUUCACAUGCAGAACAGUGUGGACAGGGAGGUAGUGGUAUCACAGACUUCUGUCAGCAAAUGACUGACAAAUGCACUACAGAUGAGUAAAUCUGUUUUCUUCCUAUUGCCAACCUCUCAACUUUGAGUGAGGGUUUCAGUAUUCUGAUAAAGUGAGUGGAAAAAAGAAACUUUAUAUUUUGCAUUUGUAUUAUCUAGUACCAUUUACAUUAUUUACACGGUGCUUCAAAACCAUAUCUACAUAGAGGGGCCUAAGAAAUUCAAGGUAAAUAAACCAAAGUUGUGAACUCAAAGCUCAGAGGUUGGCAUGUGAUAAACCCCCUUUGUGGAGGUUUCAAUUCAGUGGUCUUAGAGUUCUGUAGUAGUUUAAUUCAGAACCAAUUUAAUGUAUUGGUUUUUAACACGUGCACUGAUGUCUGUGCUUUAAGUUCACAUCUUAUCUUUAUUUACCUUAACCUUCCUAGGUUCCUCCUUCUAGACCAGAGGCUUUCAACCUUUUUUUUAAGGAGUGUACCUCUUCUGAUGUGUACCCUUCCUGGACUGUACCCCCUGGAUGGAGGGGGGCAGUCCCUGGCCGCUGGCUGAUGCUUCCCAAGUACCCCUGCUUCUCCGUGCUGUUGCUGCAUACCCCCUGGAACCUUCCCAAGUACCCCCAGGGGUACACGUACCCCCCAGUUGACAAACUCUGCUCUAGACAGACUCUAAGACACGUGUCCUGCUCUUGUCUGUACAGGAGUGCAGCCUUUUAGUAUAAACAAUGGGAUAUCCUAUAGCCAGAUGAGGAUACCAGCAUCAUUAGCGUUCUGUGUUUUUCCCGAGUCCUGUGGCAUCUUACCCUGAUGUACUUGUUGAAAAGCUAUUGUUGUAAAUUAACUUGCCAUCAGAUCAGUUUGUGGUUUUUUAAAUUUUAAAAGCUGGUCGUAAUGAGAGUCAAGGCCAUCACUUAAGACAGUUGUUCUCAAUCUUUUUAGAUUCAAGGCACCUCUUCAUAACUUUCCUGAUUUUAGUGCCAUCAUACUUGAGAACCACUGUUGUGCUGUCUCAGCUUACUUCACUGGUUCCCAGCCUGGCUUGCUGUGGCAUCCCAGUGCACCAGCACUGCUUCUGCUGCCAGAUUAAGUUGACUCAUGUGCUGCUGUUUCCAGGAGACAGUGAAGCUGAAGUGGGUGCCUCUGCCUGCCUUGUGUUUACUUGAUAAAUCUAGUGCAGGUAGGAGUUUCCCCUUCUGCUGUAGCUGCUUCCCAGUUCAUCUCUGCACCAAGAAUGUGCGCCAGGUUCCCCUGGCUGUAGCAGUGGUGGUGCUGGUGCCACAACACCCCAGGUGAGAAACGCCGGUCUAAGACUCUAGUAAGCGCUGAUCACGGUGAAACUGCAUUUGAAAAUAUUUUUUAAUCAUCAGGAUACUUGUAUGGAUAAAUCUAAUUGUUGCAGUGUAUUUACAGUGGCUUGUAGUCUUAUAAUAAGUAUUGAAACAUGUAGUAAGGAAAUGAGCCAGUGGGAUUUUAUUCAAUGUGUAUCUUUUUUAAAGACUAAAUUCAGCCAUUAAAAUAAGACAAUUGGGGAGAAAGUAAUCCACACCUUAGGCCAGGGGAGGGCAAUUAUUUUGGGCGGAGGGCCACUUACUGAGUUUUGGCGAGCCAUCGAGGGCCACAUGAC